UUUUUUUGUUCUUCACUUUUUGUUCUGGUCUGCACUUCCUAAACACAAAAAUCAUGAAUCACCGUAACACUGCUGCAUCCACCCUGCUCGUGUGUCUCGCUCUCGUGGCCGGCUCGGUGAGCCUCGCUCAGGCCGCCCCCGCCUCGACCACCCCUCCCCCCAAGCUCCUGGUCGCUUUUUACCCGGAUCAUUUCCCCUGCAAUGUCCCGCUCGGAUUCGAUGACAAGACUCCCAUCGAAAUUACAUCGGGCGAGUGCCUCCAGGUCCCCGGAACCACCGAUUACUUCCAAGUCAAUGCGACGGUGGCGGACAACAGCUUCGAUGUCAAGGGCCAGUGCGACUCGACCUGCAACACAUGCAACGUGGGAAUGUUUGGCAAUCAACUGGGCAACUCCUGCUUUAGCGUCAACUUUGCCCGUGACUUUUCUGCCUCCACCCGAGUCUACCUUGUGGAGUCGCCUCCGACCGCCCCCGAGCACCCGAAGGUGCAAUUCUUCACCGAUGCCAACUGCCGAUCGGCUUCGUACUCGAUCAACUUGGAGAGCGAUGAUGAGUUUGCCUGCGUGACCAACGCGAGCCUUCCCUAUUCCUUUGGCUUUGUUCACCUUGGCAACGACAAGGUUGCUCUGCUGGGCGAGUGCAACUCGAACUGCAACAACUGCGAAUUCAACGCCAUUGGCAGCUUCGACCAGUGCCAAACCGCUCAAGGAAAGUACUUUGUGGUUGCAAAGAAGAGCGCUGCUGGCCUUCUCCAAGUCCCCACUCUCGCCAUGAUGUCUGCGUUUUUGGUUGCCAUGUUCAUGUCGAAGAUGUUCUAAAAUCCUCGGCAUCGAUGCGUGCAUGCAUGCAUGGGGCUUCGUGUAUUUUGCAUUGUCUCUGUUUCUGCUUGGGUUGUGAUCCAAGCAGGUGUGUCCAAACACAGCUCCAAUACAGUACAUUCGGCUGUUUUCUGACUCGAGCCAUUUCUCGC